AUGGCCACCCAAACAGAAACACAAGCAUCUCUGCACACCGAGCUCAAAGCUGCUUUUGACGAGAAAACACAUGACGGGUACAAGUACGCCGGCUAUCUCCCGGUCUACGACAACAUAACCAAAUUUCCACCAACGGAAUCAUUCGAGUUUCACGAUCGUGGUCUAGACGCAGACAAGUCAAAGCCAAAUCUUCUCCAGACUGGAAACCCGGAUGUGAUUGUGGACAAAUUAACGCCCCGGGUUGGCACUGAGAUUCGUGGACUGCAGCUCUCCAGCCUUACCGAUGCGCAGAAAAAUGAGCUUGCCCUGCUGAUUGCUGAGCGUGGCGUCGUGGUAUUUCGGGACCAGGACUUCAAGAAUAUAGGCUCUGAGAAGCAGAAAGAAUUUGGUGAAUAUUUUGGUAAAUUGCACAUUCACCCAGUCGGUGCACAUGUUGACGGCCAUCUUGAGUUCCACAACAUCUAUCUCGGCCCUGACAAUCUCUAUCGAGCAACCUUUAAAUCGAAUAAAUUGACGUCAACUGGUUAUCAUUCCGACGUAUCGUACGAACACCAGACACCCGGAAUCACUAUACUCACCCUCCUCUCUGUCCCAUCUACUGGGGGCGACACUGGCUGGGUGUCGCAGACAGUAGCAUACGAGAGACUUUCUGACCCAAUUAAGCAGCUUCUUGAAGGUCUGAAGGCCGAGCAUAGUGGGUUUCCGCAGGCCGAAAGUGCUACAAGAGAUGGCAAAUUUGUCAGACGGGAUCCUGUCCGCUCGUUCCAUCCGGUCGUUAGAGUACACCCAGUCACUGGGAAGAAGGCAUUGUUCGUAAACCCCGGGUUCACGAAAAGAAUUAUAGGACUCAAGGACGAGGAGUCUGACGCUAUUUUACAGCUUCUAUUCAACCAUAUUAGACAUGGACAAGAUUUCCAAGUCCGCGUAAAAUGGGAUGACCGCACAGUCUCUCUGUGGGAUAAUCGUGUUACAGCACAUACCGCUAUUUCAGAUUACGAUGUGACCAACCCUGAGGAGGGCCUUCGCCAUGGAUUUCGUAUUACAACACUGUCAGAGAAGCCACAAGGCGUAAAUGGAUUAGAGUCUGAGUGGUAG